CCUUGCGCCGCUCUCACGCUCUCACGUCAGUAGAGGGCGGAAGCGCAGACUACAGGAUGCGGUUCCUGGUUGCGUUGCUCCUGCUGAGUGUCGCGGUGGCGAGAGCUCUGUCGUCCGCUCCUCAGCGACGCAUCAUCUCAGGUGAAGAGACUCCUCCGAUUCCGUCUUCCACAGAUAACGGCUCCACGUCCCUGCCUCCUGGGGUUAACCAGGGAAAGACUAACAGGCAGAACGAUCAGAGGCAGAAGUCGGAUAAAGAAGACCAGGACAAUACGCUGGGGACGACUAAAGCAGCAGUUUCCAGUAAGGCGGAAUCGGGUGAGCAGACCGAUCUCAGUUUGGGUGAUAACAAAAGGCAGCCUGAGACAGGUGCCAAGUCGGCGGAAACUGAGCAGCAGCUCUCACCAGUCGGCGCCAAACAGGAAAAGCCUCGUCAGAAUCCCACAAAAGAUUCAGGCAAGCCCACAGAAGGUGUUUCUGACAAGCCUCCAAAAGAGGGUUCUGACAAGCCCACAAAAGAGGAUUCUGACAAGCCCACAAAAGAGGAUUCUGACAACCCCCCAAAAGAGGGUUCUGACAAGCCCCCAAAAGAGGAUUCUGACAACCCCACAAAAGAUUCUGACAACCCCCCAAAAGAGGAUUCUGAGAAGCCCUCAAAAGAGGAUUCUGACAAGCCCCCAAAAGAGGAUUCUGACAAGCCCCCAAAAGAGGGUCCUGACAAGCCCUCAAAAGAGGAUUCUGACAACCCCCCAAAAGAGGGUUCUGACAACCCCCCAAAAGAGGAUUCUCACAAGCCUCCAAAAGAGGAUUCUGACAAGGCCACCUCCAAAAUCUCCUCAGAUACGGAGACUCCGAAGAAUGACAAAGUCCAGCUAACUGAAAAAGGACAGAAAUCAACACUUAUUUCCAAAACUGAAUCUGGGGAAAGACUGGCAGGGGACUCUGACUUCUCUUUAAAGCUGGAGAAAGGAGAUAAGUCUUCAGAGCCUACAGAAGAUGUGGAAACCAAGGAGAUUGAAGAGGGUGAUACUGAGCCAGAAGAAGGCUCACCACUUGAAGAAGAGAAUGAAAAGGUGUUGGGCCCUUCCUCCAGUGAGAACCAAGAGGGGACACUUACAGAUACUAUGAAGGAUGAGAAGGAUGACCUUUAUAAGGACAGUUCUGGAAACACCAGUGCAGAGAGCAGCCACUUCUUUGCAUAUCUGGUGACUGCUGCUGUUCUUGUUGCUGUCCUCUAUAUCGCUUACCACAACAAACGGAAGAUUAUUGCUUUUGCCCUGGAAGGAAAAAGAUCCAAAGUCACUCGGAGGCCAAAGGCCAGUGACUACCAGCGUUUGAACCUAAAGCUUUGAUUUUUAUUUUAUCUGCAAGAACCUUGUCCUCCCUGCUGAUUUGUUUCCGAAUCAAGAGAAAUGGAAAGACUGUGACCUCUGGGGUUUGGUGGCAAGUCUGGGCUGGCAGAGAUGGGAUUGCUUCAGGUUUUGCACCUGCACUUUGAUGACAUUGUCCUCUGGUGAUGUUUUAUUUACUUUUGUGUUCCCUUUAUGCUGAUGUAUUCCAUCAUCCUUUCUUCCUUGGAGUGCAAGUGGAGGGAGCGUGUGGAAACAUGGCUGUGACCAAAGGAAGACCCCACCUUAGGCAGGCCACACAAUGGACCAUUGUCCCAUAGCCUCUUUAUCUUUGCAACUCUAGGGAGCAAACUGUAUAGAGAGGUGCUUUCUAGACAAGAUGUAGAAGAUGGUUAUGUGGAGUGCUGAUGGGCAAAGACGGAGUUGAAUAUUUAUUCUCUACAGGGGUCUCAGCUGCAAACCAGACUAGCAUGUUAAAGAGUAUUAAGUCUGAUCCAUCUGAUAGUUGGUGUAUUUCUCUGAAAGUUUGCACUCUAGUUAUACUAGCAUAAAAGAGACUUGAGGCUUCUGAAAGUAAAGUCUUUUUUAAAAUAUGGAGAUGAUCAUUGAACUGGUGUGUUCUUGCACGCAGUCACCCCAGUAGGAACUUCCUGGAAAGGGGUAGGUUCAUGCUUUGUGGAAGAAAACACAUAGGAAGGAUUUGGUAUGCAUGAAAGAGGUUUUCUACAAAUUGAGGUUUGCCUUGAUUGCCUGCAGAAGAUAGAUAUUUAGAAACUAACUGCACUCUUCACACUCCUCCUUGCUGUUGAAGAUGCCCAGGGAGUGAGUAAAAUCUUUCCUAUCCUGUCAUAUCUGGUCAUGAAACUGUAAAAAACCAAGUAGGUUCCCUGAGAUAACCGAAGAUGUCUUGGCUUGUGCUGUGUUUUAAGUUUUAUUCCAGUCUAUUUGGUUACGCCUAAAGAGAGAAAAAUCUCAGCUAAUCUCAGGGAUGUAGAGGGAAUGAGAAGAGUCCUGUGCUGUUGGAGAAAUCAGUCUAAAGAAGAAAUGGUCUUGGAGUUCUUUCCCCAUGCUGACUGCAGCAUGUGCUUGAAGUUGAAGUUCGUAUUCUUAGCAUUCUAGAAAUAAGGUCAUUGCUACUAUUUUCUCAACUGUCCACAAGUCUUCUAUUACUAUUUUCCAAGCCAAGAAGCCUUUUUCAGUCUCCUUCAGCUUUCUCUAAAACCUCUUUAGUUCCCCACUUCCAUUUUCUCUUCCUCUUUAGACUUGUUUGUACACCUCUGAAUGAACACCUUCCCUUAUAGCCUGUAUGCAUGCCCAUACCUGUCCUGUUUUAGUUAGUGUUGCUUCUAUUACCUGCCGUCCUCUUCCUGACAUUUACAGGUUUGCCUUGAUCUGUUUUCUUCCUGUUUCUCAAGGUUACUCAGUUAAUAUCACCAAAUUCAACAGUUCAUUUUCACAGCUUAUAACAUUUGGUAAUGAUGGAUGCUGGGGCUUAUGAUGUUGACAUUUGGCGUGUCUCUUGUACAUUGUCCUUUGCCUUAUCUUACGGGGGUUGGGGGAGGGUGCCCAGGUCUUUAUUGCUUUGUCUGUCUCAAUAAAUCCAUCCAUUCUGUAUC